AUGUCUGUUGCUAUAGCUGGCGGCAGUGGAGGCCUUGGGCGCGCGCUGAUCGAAGUCAUUCAGGCCCGAGGAACAUACCAGGUAUUUGUUCUAACGAGAAAAGUAUCGGGAAGUCCUGAGGGAUCCGGUGGUCUUCACUUCAUUGCUGUUGACUAUUCCGAUGUUGAGUCUCUAGCAUCGACUCUUGAGAAAAACAAGAUCGAUACAGUCAUCUCUGCUAUCAAUAAUAUAACUGGCGAAAACGACUCAGAGAUCAACCUCAUCAAAGCAGCUGAAAUUUCAGCUCCUACCAAAAGGUUCAUCCCAAGUUAUUUUGGAGUCCCGUAUUCGCAGGAACAAUAUGAGAACUUUCCUCCAGCCAUGGCAAAAAGGUCUGCCCUGACUGCUUUGGAAUCCACAUCUCUCCAGUGGACAGUCAUCUACAACGGGUUCUUUCUCGACUAUUUCGGAACCCCGAAAGUGAAAUCCUACAUGGACGAUGUGGCCUUCUUUGUUGACAUCAAAAGCAAUAUGGCCGCUAUCCCUGGCUCUGGAGAGGUUCCAGUCGUCUUCACUCACACUUUCGAUGUUGGCCGCUUCAUUGCUGCUCUCCUUGAGAGUCAUACUUGGGCCGCAGAGACAUACAUCAUUGGCGAUAAGGCUACCUUUCAUCAAGUUGUGCGUCUUGCUGAAGAAGUGAAAGGUACCAAGUUUGUUGUGGCUCAUGACUCAGUUCAAGAUCUAGCAGCUUGUAAACUGACCGAGCUACCAUCCCAUCGCGCAAUCUACCAGUUCUACCCUAAAGAGAUGCUGCACAGUUUUCUUGCUCCGUUCGGGCUUGAAUGUGAACGGGGUCAGGCAAACUUGAACCCGGGACGUACACUAAAUGCUGAGUAUCCAGACAUCAAGCCAAUGAAGCUCAGGGAUGUCUUGGAACUGGGUUGGGGUAAAGCAGCGGAGGGCACUAUUUAA